AAAGAGAAGCGAAGAAAACACCGCAGUUCUCGCGCUGCGGUAAGGUUGAAGAAAUAACACAGAAAAGUUUGUUUAAUGACAUAUAAUAGUGUAAAUUGAUUGAGUUGACGAACUUUCUUGUGUGAUUUGCUAAUUCAACGAGAACUGAGAAAGAGGGAAAAACAUUGGUUCAUUACAGCUCUGACGCGAAGGCGAGAGAGACAGAGAGAUGGAGAGUAAUGGAGGUCUGCAUGAGGAUCAGAUGAACAGGCAGGAAGAGACUCCUCACCUUCCUGAUGAAGAUACUGAACUCACUGUGCCUCAAGAGGCUGGAUCGAUGGAGUCAUCAGACUGGCGGAGGCAUUGAUCGGACUGGGACCAGUGGACCAGUGCUGUUGGUCAACUCUAACAACAGGAGGUUAUCUGUGCUACCCCAACACUGCCUACAUCUGGAGCUCAGCAGCAGUGAUGCAGAAGUGAGAGUCAGAGAAGAAGAGGAGAAUGAGGAAGAACUUGUGGUGCUGGAUCCCGACCUUUAAUGAAGAGAUUCCAGUCUGCAUUGAAAAGACACAUCACACCCACACACAAACAGAUGUAAAGGGUACUGAUCAUAGCUGCUCUGCCGCAGAUGGUAGUAGAGAAGGCUGAGUUCCAGAGGCG